GCUAAAAGUAAACUCAGGACAAACGUGAUUAGCUUUUUUGUGUUAUUUUAUUUUCUCAUACAGAUGUUUCGGUGGUAAAUUUAGUGACUAUUGUUAAAAAUUAAGCCCUUCGUUGUUACCUUUUAAUUGCGAUCUAAAUAUUAGUCAUUUUGUUCCGAUUUAGCCAUCAGUUGCGUUGUAACCUUGGCGUUUCUGCGCCGGAGGAGCAUCUUGUGUCUCACAAAUUCAACAUGUCAGCUGUGUGUCGCACUGUGAGCUUUCUGACAAUUAACACCCUGAAAGAAGCAACAGUUUUAUCAUCUUGUGGGUGGUUUGUGUCUGCACGCAGCAAAUUUUCCAAAGCAAGAAUCCCAAAAGAGCUUUUUAAUGAGAGGUCAAAAGAGCAUGAGAAGUAUGGGGGCGAUCCGGAGCAACCUCACAAACUGCAUAUAGUGACCCGGGUCAAAAGUGCGAUCAGAAGGCCCUACUGGGAGAAGGAGAUGGUGAAAUGCCUUGGACUUCAAAAGGCCCACCAGCCUGUAAUCCAUAAAAACACACAUUCAGUUAAUAACCAACUGAAGUUUAUCAAACACCUUGUAAGGAUACAGCCACUGAAAACUCCACAUGGGCUCCCUGCUGAGGAGGACAUGGCCGACACGUACAUCAACACCAAAGGAGAGCUGAUUGUGCGUCGCCUUCUCCGACCUGUCGACCACAAGGCUGUAGAGUCUUAAUUCUGCUCUGUGAUGUUUGUUCAAAUUCCAGCUGUUAAUAUUAAAAAAUAAGAUAGA